UUCUCUCUCUCCCGAGGCGGCGAAGGUUGCUUGGAUUCCCCGUUAUGUCGGGGUCCGUAAACCUCGCAGAAGGACGCCGCGCUUUUCUCCUCUCUUUCACUCGGCCGUCAUUCCGGCGGCGAGCAGUCGGCGUACGCCGCGGUCGGGAACGUACGUACAUACAAUAAUCCGCCGUAUGGUGCAAUACUCGUCGAAUAACGAAAGAGAGAAAAAAAAAAUAAAACGGUUAUUCGAUCGGAAGAAGAUUAUCGUCCAAAAUGUGAUCGCCCUCCCUGCCCCCAGUUCGAAACGGAUCCUUGUGCCAGUUUGACAACAAUCUGCGAUGAUCUGUUCGCAUCUUUUUGUCGCGUACGUGUGUGCAUGCUCACCGGUUUCUACGUCUAUUCAUGCGCGCCGUUCACGCGGACAAUAAUGCCGCUGACUGAUCAACAGUGAAAUUCAUUAUCGAUUCAUUAAUCGGCGAUGACGAAACAUUGUCCACGUCCUGCCGCACAUCGACAUGCUGCGGAAAACGCGAUCAUGAUGCCACAUCUGUUGAUUGUCUUCCUGGUGUUGGGCGUUCUACCGGCGUUCUCGAGUCGUCAGACACAACAAUGGAGACCCUGCGUCGAGCUGAAACGGGAUCUUCUGGUGCAUUGCAAAUGCGCGAUAUCCGCGAGUUAUUCCCGAUCGAUCGAGAUGAAUUGCGACCGUGUGAUCUUCACGCGCGACACCGUGGACUUGUUGCGGGGCCAGCCGAUCGUGUCCAUAAGCCAGAGGAAUUGCGGCCAUCAGACUCUGCCGGAAGAUCUGAUCAAUUCCGGUCUCAAUCUGAGAAAACUCGAUCUGUCCGGCAAUUCGAUCUAUCGGCUGAUGGAUCGCGUGCUGCAGGAACAGAGCGAGUUGCGCGAACUUCGACUCGCCGACAAUCUGUUGGGCGACAGCCUGAAUCCGAUCUUUUCCAGCAACGAGUUUCACAACAUGGAGGAGCUCGAGGUGCUCGAUCUAAGCAGAAACGGUCUCAGAAGUUUGGAAGAGGGAAUUUUCAAGGGAUGCACCAGUCUCCAAGAAUUGUAUCUAGACGGUAACAACUUGACCGCGGUGCCAACGGCAUCCCUCAAAGGGCUACGCGCCAUCAAAUUGCUCUCACUGGCCGGCAAUAACAUCGCAGGUACUCUUCCGCGAGGAAGUUUCGCGAUUCUCGGCGAAUCUCUGUUGCGAUUAGAUCUCAGCGACAACGAACUGUCUCACAUAGACGACGGUACUUUCUCCGGGGUUCAGCACUUGUUGUUUCUGAACAUUUCCCACAACUCCCUCGCUCGGUUCAAUAGCGACGUCUUCAAAGGAGCGUUCAGUUUGCUGCAGUUGGAUCUGUCCGCUAAUUUUCUUCAGGAAUUUCCCACCGACGCGCUCAGACACUUGAUAGAUCUGAGAUUCCUCAACAUCUCCAACAACUUGAUCGUCGAAAUAGAACGGACGCAUUUGUCAAGCCUGACCGAGCUGCAAGUGUUAGACCUAAGCCGGAACAACAUAGGCCGGCUCGAGGUUAAUACGUUCUCUAGCCUUUCUGCUCUCACGCGUUUGGAUCUGAGCCUCAACGCGUUGCGCACGAUCGAAGAAUCGGCCUUCGAGGGCCUGACGAAGCUGAAGUGGCUAUCUCUUCGAGAUAACAACAUCUUGCUUGUGCCGGCCUCGGCUUUCACGCGAUUGUCGUCCCUCGCUUACUUGCACGUGGAAUUCAAUCGCAUCGCCGCGCUCUCCGUCGAGCUGAUUCGCGCGACGUCAACAAACCUCGUAAGUCUGAGCCUUACGCGUAAUCUGGUGCGUGAGAUCCCGCCCCGACUGUUCAACAACUUCAAGAAUCUCAUCAGCAUCGAACUAUCCGGCAACUUGCUUUCUGUUAUUCUGCAAAACACAUUCGCCGGAUUGGAGGACACUCUGCUGAACCUGGACGUGUCCUGCAAUCGACUUACGUCUGUCAACGAGUUGCCGCUCAAGAAUCUGCUCUCGCUUAAUCUCGCGAAUAAUCAGUUGAAACAGAUCUCGCCGGAUACGUUCAAAUAUCUGCAUCGUUUGCAGUAUUUGAAUCUCAGCGGCAAUCCCUUGUACAGCGGUUUUCCGCCGGUAUUUCCAUCGUCCUUGAUCAAUCUCGACGUAUCGUACACGAAACUGAAGAUUUUGCCGACCGUGUUGUUGCUAAAUCUCGUGUCGUUGGAGAAGAUCUCUCUGGCCGGCAAUCAGUUGCAGGAAAUCGACGAGGGCACGUUCCAACAUCUUUAUAAUCUCACGGCGAUCGAUCUCUCGUACAACGCCAUCGACAGAAUCGCCAAUGGCGCGUUCGUUGGCUUGAUCAAUCUCCAAUCGUUGAAUCUGCGCGGCAACAAACUCACGUCGUUCGUAGGCGAGCACUUCAACACCGGCACCGGUCUCGAGAUACUCGAUCUGUCGGAAAAUCGCAUCAGUCAACUGUCACCCACGGCUUUUGUGAUACAUCCGCGACUCAGACGGCUCGAUCUCUCGGGCAAUCAAUUCGUACAAUUUCCCAGCGACUUCGUCAAGUCGCUCCAGUUUCUCGAAUGGCUCGACCUAUCCAGAAACACGCUGCGCCACGUGAGCGAGUUCGCUUUCUCGCAGAUAAACAGAUUGUACAGCCUGAAUCUCUCCGGCAACAAAAUCGAAUUGGUUGACGACUUGGCUUUUCACAAUUCCACGCAGCUUCAGCUGUUGAACUUGUCCGAAAACAUGUUGGAGACGCUGAGCGAACGCACGAUGGAAGGUCUGCUUCGAUUGGAAUUUCUAGAUCUGCGCGACAAUCGACUCGCUUCUCUUCCCGAAACCAUUUUCGAUCCGUCCAGAAUUCGCGCGGUCGAGAAGAUCGAUUUGUCCGGGAAUCGGUUCAACGAGAUACCGGUGCGCGCUCUGCAACGACAAUUGUCGUCUUUGCUCACCUUGAAGAUAGCUCGCAAUCGAAUAGUGGAGAUGUUUACGCAAGAUGUCGUCAACAAUGUGAAAGAACUCGAUCUAUCGGAGAAUUCUCUGAGCGUAAACGCGAUACGCGGCGUGUUGGGCGAGGUGAAGAUUUUGCGAACCCUAAAUCUGGCUGGCACCGGUAUUAAGACGAUUCCUAGACUGGAAACGCCGUUUCUCAAGCAUCUGAAUAUUUCCAACAACGCGAUCGCCGACAUCAAACCGGUCACUUUGGAACGUACCACGAUGCUGGAGAGUCUGGACGUGUCGAGCAACCAUUUAACGGAUCUGACGAAUCUAAUUAGCACUUUUAAGAUCCUGCCGGUGCUUCAGAGUUUGGACGUUUCCAACAACAAGAUAAAGACCGUCAACGAGAGUAGCUUCGACGGAUUGAACGCGCUGCGCUCGUUAAAAAUGGCAAACCUGCCGAAUUGUACCAGAAUCGAGAGGAACGCGUUCCGAUCGCUCAAGAAACUGAGAUCCCUGCACGUCUACAACUAUCCCAAGCUAGGCUACUUCGACGUGCAGGGCAUACUGAAGGAUAUGACGAAUCUCGAGACCCUAGACAUCGAGAUCAAGGACUCGUCAGUGGGCAACGAACAAUUGUCGGUCCAAACUCAUCCCCAUCUGCGCGAGCUGACACUGAGAGGAGAAAGAUUGCGAAGCGUACUCUCGAGUUCCCUGGUUGGCGUGCGAGGAUCCGAGUUGUUCCUGGGUUUAAAAAACACGUCCGUCGAUUCGAUACCGACCGCUCUGUUUUUCCCCGUGCCUCGUUCGACCAGAAUAGAACUGGACAUUUCCGGCAGCAAGUUCACCAAUUUGCCAGCUCAACUGCUGGCCGCUUUGGACGAACGCGGCGGUUCCGUGAGACUCAGCGGCUUGAUCAACAACCCGAUCAACUGCAACUGCGAGACUAAGCACCUGUGGAGAUGGCUCAGAUUGUCCGGCAACAAGGCGCCCGCUGUCAUCUGCGCCAAUCCCGAUCACCUGGCCGGUGCACUUCUGACUAAUCUCACGGAAGAGACUCUAAGUUGCACGACCUCGACGAAAUCACAAACGAUGGAAACAACAUUGUCGACCACCAAAUCGACAACGUCCGAGCCGCAAAUUAUUUGGACCGUUGCGCCGACGAUGCAGAACAACAAGAACAAACAUUACAACAACGAUCAUACAAGUAUUCCUUCAAUGAGCAACAUCUCGAGCACCGAGGACACGCUGAUCAUCGGUAUCGUCGGUGGCGUGGUGGCGUUCAUCGCGAUCAUCGUCAUUGCGAUCUGCAUAUGUCGUUUGCGGUGGAGCAGUCAGAUGCAAGAAGCGAGAUUGGCGGCGAUGACCGCGUCCAGUAUUCACGAGGCGUCGAUGAUACGACCAAUGAGCGCCUACUCGGGCAAGAUCAAUCCCCACGAGGCGGUGUACAUGGGAUCGUACAACGGAUCGACCUUGGGACGCGGCGGCAAUUCCAUACCUCCGGUCACCCCCGUGCAGAUAAUGCCGUACGUGCAACCGAUGCACGUGAUGCACGCAAUGGGCUCGUCCCCGCCACCGUCCGUGCAACAGAUCUACGGAUAUCACGAGAACUCCCCUCUCCCCAUGUACGCGAGAGACAACAAGCUGGAUAGAUAAAUCUGUUGACACAUUCAUCUGAAGACAAUUCCGAUUAACCAAAAAAAAAUAAACUUCAAGAAGACGCACCGACAACAAAUAUGUAAAUUAUGUAAAUUCUAUUAACAAAUUUUUAUAUAAAAUACACAUACGAACGACACAAGGUGUCCGACGAAACGGGAAACUCCAAGAGAAGAGUUUCUUCUCAACUUUAUAAAGAAACGAAAGUUUUUUACACGAGAGUACGGUUUAUAUUAAUUACAAUUUAAAUAAAACAAAAAAAAAACUAAUAAAAAUUCCUUACGAACAAGUAAAGUUCGCUUGGAACUCUCGAUGCUUCUCGUCGCACUUCUGACGUAAAUUAAAAUUGCGACCUUCGUACAUAAAAAAUCAAACUUUCACGCGCAUACCACACGCGUGAGCAAAGCGCGAAACGAGAACUUAUACAAUGUGUUGUCAAUUGAUUCCGAUCGGCAGCACGGGAAUGUCAAUGUCGCAAUCACAAAUUACGUACUUGUUUUCAAAAAUGUUUGUUGCGCAAGCAUCUCCGAUCGACAAUUUUAUUCUUGUGA